AUGGCGCGCGUCUUGCGGUCGACUCAGUCGUUCGCCGGCCGUGUGGCGGCGGCGACAACCCUAGAACGACUUGAAACGCGGCGGUACAGACACCAAUCGAGCACAGUGUCGACACUCGGUAUGGCGGCAACUGCGCUCGUAGUGGCGGCGGCCGCAUCCGACGGAGGCAUUGGGACGCAUGCAGAAGCGAACCAGCUGAUGAGAGGGGGGAUCGGCGCUACAGUGAUCGGCGGUGAUGGUGAGGAAACGACUUCGAAGCUCAGAGGGGCCCGCCGUGUGCUGCUCAAGCAGCGCAGCAAACACGAGGCCAGAAUGCAUGAGGUGGACCAGAUGAAGACGCAUCUGGAUGAGUACCAACAGCGUCGAGAGGCCAUCGACUCUCUGCGUACGCGGUUCGACAUAUACGCGAGCAAGAACUUGGAUGCAGGCGGCGGCCGAUGCGUUAAAGUCAUGACUUUUACCGAUUUCCUGCAUUCCUAUGUGUUGCCGCAGUUCCAUCUUCAUCCCCCUCGGCCGGAUCUGACGUACUUGUGCGACUUUGUGGGAGACGCUAACGGUCUUAUUACGUAUGAGGAGUGCUAUCUGCUCGUCCAUCUGCUGCAGAUCCCGAAAGAGCACUUCGAUGUGGCUUUUUGUAUGUUCGAUCUGGAUGGCGACGGAUCAGUGGACAAGGCAGAGUUCUGUGCUGUGAUUGAGAACCUGCUGCGAUCUAUCAUCCCUCGUGAAGUACCAAUUUCUGCUGAGGACACGCUGCCGCGCCUGACCAAGUUCCUGUUUGGACGCUUUGGAAAGAUUAUUUCCGCCAAGGAUCUUGAAGCGGUGUUGGAUGGACUCCGCCAGCAAAUAUUGAGGGCCGAAUUUGACCUGUAUGCCACCGUGAACCCACUGACGCAGCAGCAAACCAUGUCAGUACACGACUUCGCGCUUACGCUUGUGUCGUGCUUUGACCCGGAGAAGCUGCCACCAUAUCUCGAUCGCGUUCACGAGCUAAACGCCAGCGAAGGGGUGGUGACGUGGGAUGAGUUCUUCAUGUUCCACUUCAACGUUCAGAGCAACUUGCCCGAUAUCAAACUUGCGUUCGAACUCACAGGAGCCGAUGAGAUCACUGAAGCGGACUUCAUUCGGGCGGCACGCGUGGUGAGCGGCGUGGAGCUGUCGUCUCCAGUUGUGCAGCUCGCCUUUCGCAUCUUCGAUGAAGACGGUAGGUUGCUACAAGUCUCGCAUAGCAAGGAAUACUGGAAGCCGACGUAUUAUUUCUCCGUAGGCAAUGGAACGCUGGACCAGUCGGAACUUCUUAAGAUACUGGAGAUGCGGAACGCAGUGCAGCUUAAGCAGGAGUUCGAUACUGGAUCACGGUUAGAGAAACUGUGGCACUGUGUCAAAGCGGGGGACAAGAAUUGACGACUUUUGCGGAUCGAAGGGUCCAGGCGUGAGAACACAAUUGUGCAUGUUGAAUACCGCCUGGUCCUCGCCGAGGAAAAAUAAUACUGGAGUGUGUAGUCAGAUUCGUGAGAGACACCGUCAAAGUCCCCUACAGACACAGUUACAGAAUCAGCUGGGUACUCCAUGCUCAUGAAGUUUAAACACUUGCACCUCGCAUUUGUCUUUU